AUGAGAUCGUCGGUAGUUCAGUUAGCCCACGCCCGUUUGUUGAUUGUUGGUGGAGGAGCGGGCGGUCUUGGCGCAGCCUCAAAAUUUGCUCGAAAACUACCACAAAAUAGCGUGGCUAUCAUCGAGCCUAGUGAGAGACACUACUAUCAGCCAGGAUUCACAUUUGUUGGAGCUGGAGAGUUACGAUUGGCCGACAAUCAACGAAAUGAGGAAGAUCUUAUUCCAUCGAAAGUCAAAUGGUACAAGAAUGCAGCUAAACGACUGGUACCGGAGAAUAAUUCUGUGAUUUUAGACAAUGGAGAUACGCUGACAUACGAUUAUCUUGUGAUCGCUUGUGGUAUUCAGCCCAGAUUCGACUUGAUCAAAGGGGCUCCCGAAGCUCUUCAGUUGGAAGGAAGUGGUGUUUGUAGCAUCUAUUUGCCGCAUCUUGCCGAAAAAACACAUCGGGAAAUCCAAGCUUUCAAAUCAGGAAAUGCUAUUUUCACUUUCCCCGCUGGACCCAUCAAAUGUGCUGGUGCGCCACAAAAAAUUAUGUAUUUGGCCGAUGAAAUCUUUCGAAAACGGGGAGUUCGUGAUGCAGCAAAAAUUGAUUAUUACACAUCAUUGCCAAAAAUUUUCGGAGUUGAAAAAUACGCUCAAGCGCUUGACAAAGUCGUCAAGGCCAAGGAUAUCACUUUACACGCGAGAACGGUGCUUAAAGAAAUUCGACUUAAUACAAAGUCAGCCAUUUUUGAUGUCUACAAUGCAGAAGGGAAGCCAAGUGGUGAAACGAUAGAAUCUAAGUUCACAUUACUUCAUGUGGCACCGGUAUGCCGUCCAAUAGCGACCGUUAGUGAAUGCUCAUCAUUGGUCGAUGCUGCUGGAUUUGUUGAUGUCGAUCCUGAAACUUUACAAUCUCGCAAAUUCACGAAUGUGUUUGCGAUCGGUGAUACUGCUAAUACUCCAAAUGCAAAAACUGCGGCUGCUGUUUCCGGACAACUUGGAACUCUUGAAGUUAAUCUAAAAGCCGCAAUGAAUGGAAAACCUUUGGGAUCUAAAUAUGACGGUUAUGCUUCGUGUCCACUCCUCGUUGGUGGAAAUAAAGUGAUCUUGGCUGAGUUUACCCCAAAAGGGCCUUUGGAAACGUUACCGGUCAAUCAAGCUGUGCCCCGAAGUGUCUCUUAUCUCUUGAAGCGCUACAUAAUGCAACCACUCUAUUGGCAUGGUUUGGUCAAGGGUUAUUGGAACGGUCCAACUACAAUCAGAAAAAUUCUUCACUUCGGACGCUCCAAU